CUUUAUUGAGUAGAAGAGGCACGUGGUUUUUCUGUGCUUUCACUGAAUGGAGGAAGCAGUGGGGAGUGGAGAGCCCGAAGGGAGGGAGGACAACUCAGAGGAGAUGAGGCCUUGGGCUAGGGCAUGGCCACGGGGAUGGAGGGCAGAGAGAACCCAGGAAGACCUCGCUGGGUUCUUCAGGGACUUCCUCCCCUCCUUCCUCAUCUCUCUUUUGUCUUCUUGCUGGUCCAUUAGCUCAGACUUGUCCUGAGCCUCUCCAGCCAAGGGAGACCCCCAGUCAUCCUGCACACAAUGAAGUCCUCCUCCCCCUUUAUUCUCUUCUCCAAGAGAGCCGGUGGGCCACCCUUCCAUGACUGCAUGUCUUUGCGGAUCAUGACGAGGUUAGAAUGGGGAUGACAAAGCUAGAAUGGGGAUGGCUAGGCUCACUCACUGUCUCUGCACAGAGCUGUGCUAACAGUCGCCAACGGUGAAAUCUGUGCCUAUAGAUGGGAUCUUCUGUCUCCUUUCCUGCUGCUCUUCCCCAUCUGUGCGGCUGCCCAGGACCCAGGCCACUGGGUGGCCAAGGCCCCGGUGGUAUAUCACGGGCUGCCCCACUACUGGGAAGGGAAGUCUGCCUGCUUACCAAGCAAGGCUGGUCAUUGGCCAGUACCACGGUCAGUCACUGGGCCCGGGCAGUAAUGCCUUUUGGGCGCCAUGGAAUCCCCCAAGGCUGCAUUCACCUGGCGCGGCCUGAGGGAAGCCAGAGGCCCUUCCAUGCUGCCAUGGAGCUUCAGGCUGGGCCUUCUGUGGAUACGGUAUUGGUGGCCAGCUGGGGGUACAAGGCCUUGGGUAGGAACAAUUCAGACUUGCACGAAGGAGCUGGGGGCUGCUUCCUCACUGGCCUUGGGGGCCUGUUUGAGCUUGUCUGAAGCUCACAGCAUUUCUGGAAUUGUGAUCGCAGAUUCUGUUUACGUUCCUUGUGGUCGACACAUGCUGAGUUGUUACAGUACUCUGUGUGUGUGUGUGUGUGUGUGUGUGUGUGUGUGUGUGUGUGUGUGUACACACGUGAUGGGUCAUAAGUAAUAGGGAAGAGAAGGACUCAGAACUCCUUCCCUGUCUCUGCUUCCUCUAAUCUGUUAGACUUUGAUCUUGGGCGGUAGCCUGCUCUGAGUGGCCAGCCCAGCCCAGGGGCUGCUUCCUUUUCAACACCAGGGCUCAGCUAGAGGAGCAGGCUCCACCCAUCCCCACCAACCCCCUCAUCAAUGGCCGUGGCCAGUGCCAGGCCCCAAUUUGGAAUGUUGCCUUGGGUUCCAGGUGUCAGGUUUCUUGAUGGGCAGUGAUACCCAGAAGUGGUCCUGAUGCCUGGAAUGGGAGGGAGAAGGGACUUCAAACUUGUCGUGUGAGGUUUGGGGAAGGAGCCAAGAAUGUUCAAUGGGAGAGGAGAAGAAGGACCGGACUCUUUACGUAUUGGAAGGAUGGGCGUACAGACGAGGGUACGGCCUCAAGGGUAGCACAGGGAGGCAGAUCUGGAGCAGGAGGAGAGCUUCCCUUCCUCAGUGAGUUCAGGAGUCCCCCACUGCUGGACCGAGGCUCAGGGGUAUUGGGUGCAGACUGGCCUGGUGGCUCUCAGGGUCCCUUGGAUGCAGAAAUUAUUUGCAUGAAGAAUCUCAGUGUUGGAGGGACCUUGGGGACCUCUCCUGACCCGGCCCUGAGUGGGGUUUCCCACAAUACUCACCCUGACAAGUGGCUGUCCAGCCUCUGCUUGGAGCCCCCAAAGGAUGGGGCCUUCCCCCACCCCAAAGCUCUCCUGGUGAGGAGCCAGGCUCCCUUCAGCCUCCUCACAAUUUCCACCCAUCAUUCGUGGUUCCUCUGUCAGGGGCCAAGUGGACCAAAGCUGGUCCCUUUUCUGCCCAAAGGUGGCCAUCCUGCCCCUGCGAGGGCCUCUCUUCAGGCCUCAAGGAGCCCAGAGCCUGAGAGGGAAGAAGGGCAGAUGGACAGGCAGGUAUUUCUACGUCUGUGCAGGAGCCAGCGCCCUCAGCUGUGUCCGUAGUCCAGGUCAUGGGGCAGCGAUAUCAUGGCGCCAGUAUGGUUGAGGAACAGCCCCCAGCUGGAAUUUGAACAGAGAAAGGAGAGGAAAGCUCCUCUUCCUCCCCACGUGCAAGGGGGAUUCUUGGGGACAGAAAGCAGGUUUUCCCAGGGAGGACAGGUGGGAAGGAAGGGCUGUGUUUGGGUGGAUGACCCUCAGCCCAGUGAUCUGUUGGGCCAAAUGUCCUGUCCUCAUUGGUAUCCCCGCUUCGGGGGGGAUGCCUCGGGCAGAGUUCUGGGAACCCAGCGGGAGCUUCCAUAAAUAGGCCAGCCUCGGGGAGAAGGCUCAGUCCUGUUGGCCAGGCUGGGGGCUGCCCUCUUCCCACUAAGCCAGGAGGCCGAGGCCUGCUGCUGCCUCUGUGCCAUCAGCUUGUGAAUUAGUGUUCUUGGAGAACACUCCAUCAUCUUCGGGCCUUUGAUAGCAGAACAAACAGCAGAGCGGCAGUGGAGGGGGAGGGGAGGGACAACGAGGGGCAGCACGGCAGCCUGUGCGGUUCUGAGGCUGCCCGGCCAUGGCGGGCAGGGGGAGGGUGCUGGUCACUGUUGACUGUCUGUGGGCUGAACCACACGUGUGGGGGCUGGGGCCUCAGGGGCCAUAACAGAAUCCUUCCUGGAGCGUCCAGCCUCUGCUCAGCGGCUUCCUGGGGAGCAGCCUGCUGCCCACCACCCUGAGGCUGCCCCCUCCACUGCCAGACAGCCCUUCUAGGGAGGCUGUUCCUGGAGGUGGGCCCCUCCCCACGGCUCCCAGGGCAUCCGCUGGAGCAUGUGCUGGAAGCUACCUUUCACUUCUCCAAACCUUCAUCAUCCUUCAGCCGAUGCUUGCAUGAACAUGGACAACCUCCAUUCCCGGUGGGGAGACUGAGGCUCAGAGGCGCUCUGCCUGGGCCGCUCCCAGUCACGUCAUGGAACCUCCGCCUAGCGGCGGCCCCACCCCACCUCAUGCUGAUCUGCCCUGUCCACAGGACGCUUGGGCCUCCCUCAGGCCUUCGUCCACACUGCCAGGGCCGUCUCUGUUCCGCGCUUGGAGAUCCUUCACUUACGUUUGGGAGGGGCUUUCUGACCAUGAUGCUGGGGACCCUCAGGGCCAUCGGGUCAAACCGCCUCAUUUUGCAGAAGGGGAAACCAAGGCAGAACAGCUUGCCCAGAGCUACACGGCUGGGAAUUGUCUGAGGUGGAGUUUGAACCCAGGGCUUCCUGACUCCCAGUCUGGUGCCUUACCUCAUGGCCCCCACUGUAGGUCCACAGGAGCUGAUGGUCCAACCUCAUCCCGGUUCUGGAAUCCCGGGACGUUGUGCCACAAAAGGGAUGGCUUUGCCCCCAUCUGCAGAAGGAGGAUGGGCGUCAGGCUUCUGUCCGUGGGGAGCAAUGGAGCAAAGCUGAUGCCUAAUAAUCGCUGCCGAUCAAGCAGGACACCUGCAGAAGGUGGGGCCGGGAAGAGGCGGAACACUCCUGGAGUGAGGCACAGCCAGUGCAAAGGCCCCGAGGUGGAAUGGAAGGAGGCCAGUCAUGUGGGAACAUACAGCGUGUGACGGGCAGGAAUCUGGAGACAGGGGAGCCGGAUGGUGAAGGGAUUCAACCGCCAUGGCAAAAGAGCCGUGGGAGCUUGUGGGGCAGGGGAGGACGUGGUCCUGCCUGGGAUGUGGGAGUAUUGGUUUUGGCAAGGGGCAGAGCGUGGAGGCAGGGAGAACAAAGGAGGCCAUUGCCACGGGCCAGGUGAGAGCUGAUGAGGCCCUGCUGGCUGUGAGCGUGGAGGGAAGGGGAAGAGAGCUUGUGGUCCACCAAGACCUCCAGCACUUAGCACAGUCCUGGCACACAGUAGAUGCUGUCACCUGUGAGGCGCCAAGUCCACGAAGCUGGUUCAGUUACUCUCAUUUAUCCCUGGUCAUCGCCCUCAAAAGGCCUUUCCUUAAGCACUUCCUCUGGAGCCCUGUGUGUGGUUGGCGUGGUCCCCCUGCACAGGGAAGGCUGUCCAGGAGGCGGCUGUCCUCCCCCACGUGGAAUGGGGGAUUUGAGCAUCGUGGUGACCUCCUUCCCCUUGUGAAUUCAGCCAGCCUCUUUAUUCUGUAGAUUAGAAAACUGCAGAGAUGCCUUCUAACGAAGGCACUUGGACAAUUCAGUGGUAGGAGAGAGAGAGACAGAGUAGAGGGGAGAGAGGUAGGGGAGAGAGAGA